GUAAAAGAAAAUGGCUACUUGGAUACAUUGCAAUUCAUGUUUUCUUUCACCUAAUGUUAACCGAAGAUUUGCAGUUACAAGCUGUGGUCAUGUAAUUUGCGAGUUUUGUUUUCAGAAAGGGAAAAAAAACAUGUGUCUUAUUUGUAAUUCACAAUGUCGCAUGUUCCCACUGUCUGAAAAAAGCAGCACUGAAGUCAAAUCACUUUUCACAUCAAUUGAUGUGACUUGUAAGAAGUACUGUACAGAAAAUGGAAAGGUUCUACAGUUUCAAGAACAGCAUAGGAGAAGGAUACUGGCAUAUUACAAACAAAAGAAUGCACACUUAGAAAAAUUAUUAAGAGAGGCUGAAAACAAAUCUGAGCAGCUCAAUAAAAUUAUUACUGAGCAGAAGGCUUAUAUUUCCAAACUAGAAAACACGCUACAAAAUCAAAGCAUAAGGACACAGAAAUCUUCACAAAUAUCCAUAUCACCUGCUGUUAUAAAUCCUAUAUCAAAAUCUCCAUUUUCCUCAAAACAGUUUUCCUCUGUUAUAUCUCCAGCACCUUUGCCACCUGAGAUAAUCAAAAAGCAAUGUGGACCUGGAUUGUUGCAAAAUAACAAAAGACAACCUCCUGGAAUGUUAUCAAAUGCAGUGUGUUCGCCACAAGACAGAAAGUUUGGUGAUUUUCCCUACAGGGUGGCUAGUUACAGUUGCCUAGGAUGCAACAAAUCUAACUCUGAAAUUCCUUUAAGACAAAGACCUUCUAGCAGUAAUACAACAAGAAAUGAUCUCAAAAAUCCAACCACUUUAUCCCAGCAACCUCAUAAAGCUGAGACAACAUCACAUCACCAGAGAACCGGAGAUAUGUGGAACAGUUUGGGAUUUCAAAAUUCAAUCCAUUAUGCUUCACUACCAUCAUUACAGAAUUUAAGGACUCCUAUUACCAUGUCUAAUCUUUUGAGAACAAAAAAUAUUUGAAGUUAAGAGUGUUUUGUGUUUUGGUGUUGUGCUUACCCUUGUCACAAUUUAAAUAUGGUUAUAUUUUCUAGUUGUUCUUGUGUUGCAUUUUUUUU